AUGGAAGAACUUCGCAAUGAAGCUUACGAAAGUUCUCGCAUUUAUAAAGCCAAAAUGAAAGUGUUCCAUGAUAAAAACAUUUCAAGAAAAACAUUUGAACCUGUUCAAAAAGUUUGGCUCUUUAAUUCUAGGAUGUGGUUGUUUUCGGGUAAAUUAAAGUUCAGAUGGGAUGGGUCGUUUGUUGUUGAUAAAGUGUUCGAGGUUGGUGCGGUUAGAAUAGUUGAUCCCAAGAGUGGAACCAUGUUCAAGGUCAAUGCUCAAAGGCUUAAACCAUACACAGAAGAAGUAUCUGAGAGUAGAGGAGUUGAGAAUUUUAGUCUAAGUGAUCCAGUUGCGUCUGGCUGA